AUGAAUGUCAUGGUUUUAAAUUCCAAUACAAAACGUGAUCAGGGAAAAAAAGCUCAGUUUAGCAAUAUUUUUGCAGCAAAGACGAUUGGUGAUACAAUUAGAACAUGCUUGGGACCAAGGGCAAUGUUAAAGAUGGUACUUGAUCCUAUGGGUGGAAUAGUUUUGACAAACGACGGCAACGCCAUCCUACGUGAAAUCCAAGUUCAACAUCCAGCUGGUAAAUCAAUGAUUGAAAUAAGUCGUACACAAGAUGAAGAAGUUGGUGAUGGAACAACAAGUGUUAUCAUUUUAGCUGGAGAAUUAUUGGCGCAAACGCAGACAUUUUUAGAACAGGGUCUUCAUGCAACAGUCGUUAUACGUGCCUAUCGCAAAGCACUUGAAGAUUGUAUUGAAUAUAUGAAAAUAAAAGCAAGUACCCCAAUUGAUAUUAAUAAUCGUAAUGAAAUGUUACAUGUUAUUAAAAGUUGUAUUGGUACUAAAUAUAUUUCAAGAUGGAGUGAUUUAGCCUGUCAAAUAGCUCUUGAUGCUGUUCAAACAGUUAUGAUUGACGAUAAUGGAAGAAAAGAAAUUGAUAUUAAACGUUACGCUAGAUUUGAAAAAAUCCCAGGUGGUGCUAUAGAAGAUUCAUAUUUAUUAAAAGGAUCUAUGUUGAACAAAGACGUUGUACAUCCCAAAAUGAAACGUCGUGUUGAGAAUCCUCGGAUCGUUUUAUUAGAUUGUUCAUUGGAAUAUAAAAAAGGCGAAAGUCAAACAUCACUGGAAUUUAAUGCUGAGCCAGACUUCACUCGAAUGUUGCAAUUAGAAGAAGAAUAUAUUCAUGCCAUGUGUCAAGAAGUAAUUGCACUUAAACCAGACGUUAUUGUCACGGAAAAAGGCAUUUCGGAUGUUGCUGCUCAUUAUUUGGCAGCGGCUGGCAUAUCCGCCCUUCGACGAGCAAAAAAAUCAGAUAAUAAUCGAAUUGCAAGAGCGUGCGGUGCUCAAAUCGUGAAUGACACAGCUGAUUUAAAAGAGGAAGAUGUUGGUACAGGUUGUGGAUUAUUUGAAAUAAGAAAAAUUGGUGAUGAAUAUUACGCAUUUUUUGAACAAUGCAAAAAUCCAAAAGCGUGUACGAUUAUUUUACGUGGUUCAAGUAAAGAUGUAUUAAAUGAAAUUGAAAGAAAUUUUCAUGAUGCAAUGAAUGUGGCCAGAAAUGUUAUGUUAGAACCACGCUUAACACCUGGUGGUGGUGCAGCUGAAAUGGCUCUUUCAAGAUCAUUGGAAGAACGUUCCAAUACCGAUAAAUCCGAUUUUUUCAAAGGUGUUGAAAAAUAUCCGUAUAAAUCUGUUCAACGAGCGUUGGAAAUAAUACCAAGAACACUCAUUCAAAAUUGUGGUGGUAAUGUUAUUAAACAAUUGACAGCUUUAAAAGCAAAACACGCACAAUCAGAAGAAAAUUUUUCAUGGGGAAUCGAUGGUGAAACGGGACAAUUGGCGGAUAUGAAAACAUUAGGAAUAUGGGAACCAAUUGCAGUUAAAAUGCAAACAAUUAAAACGGCUAUUGAAACAGCUAUCUUAUUAUUACGAAUUGAUGAUAUUGUAUCUGGUACGAAAAAAGCAAGCACAUUAACAGAAAGGGAUACAUCUGAUAAAAAGAAAAAAGAUGAUGAAGAAAAACCUACCGAAGAAUCGCACAAAGAUUAA